GCGAGAUGAAUAUGGCGUCCUGCAUUUGAGGAUAGUUCUCGAUAUAAUUUCAAAAUCUUCAAUUAUUUAAUGACCAAUGCUACAUCUGGGAUUUUAAAAUAAUAAAUAUUAAUCUGCAACAUAAGUUCUACCAAUUAAAAUCAAUAUUUUCAAAGAAAUUAAAAAAUAAACCUUAAAAUAUACAUGAAAACCGUAAUGGGAAUGACUAAAGAACUGACGGAAUUAUAAAGUGAUGUCUGGUGCGUUAGUGAGUGCUCUAAGUGGCAGUUUUUAGUUUAUUGUUAAUAUUUGGCAAAACAAAUCUGCAUUGCACAAUACUUAGAAAAAGUAUAAUUAAAAAUUCCUGGCAACACUGAAAGACUUCAUAUGAACAUAGCACAUAUAUAAUCAUUUUCAAAUAAAAUUUUGAGUAUGUGGACUUUCCCUAGGAGUCAGCUGCCUUCUGGCAAACCAGCACAAUAUACUAUGUGCUGGGUAGUGCUAUUAGAUAUUAAUUAAUAAAUAAAAAAUGGAAAAAAAUCGGCAUGGCAAACACAGUAAGAAAUCUAAAAAGCUUAAAAGAGAUGAUAAAGGUUCAACAAAUAAUUACGUAGGUCUAGCGAAGGUAAAAACUAAACCCCUCGUUGAAUAUUCUGAUGUGAGUUCAGAAGAUCUUUCUGGCCCAGAAGCAGGAGAAAUCCAAAGCGGUGAAGAAGAAAUUAUUAGUGAUGAUGGUGAAUUAGAAGCUGAAAUGCGUAGAAGUAAACAUCAUAGUCGAUAUACUCACAUAGAGGAGGAGAUUUAUCUCAGGGAAACAUCACUCAUAGUACAUUCACCAGGAAGGAGACAUCGUUUGGAUAUUUUAACCAAAUCUCCAACACCUCCUAUUCUGAUAAGAGAAAGACAAUUGUCGAUAUCUUCACGUUCAUCAAAAUCUAGUGAGGUUAAACAAAGAAGAAAAGUAGAUGAAUUAUCACCAACUGAAUAUGUAGUUCCUGUUGCAUCGCCUGCGUAUUCAGAAGAUUACGACUCCACUGAAAGAAAGAAACGAAAAAAGAAGGAAAGGAGACACAAAAAGGAUAAAAAGACCAAGAAGAAGAGGAAAAAGGCUAAACACAGAUCGAGAAGUACAAGUGUAGAGAGUGUAGCUAGUGGAUCAAUAAUAUCCGGAAAUAGUACUCCUAAAGGAACACCCCCUAAAGCAGACGAACCCCUUUCUGAUUGGGAACAUCACGAAGUUUCAAAAAAAUCGGACCAUAAGGUAACAGUAGACACUAGAGGUUGUUCCCCUGUAUCUAACGAUAGCAUAGCAUCUCCAGAAACCUAUGAAGUUAGAAGUCCGACCCCAACUAGUCAGACACCACCAUUAAAAUACAGUCGAGAAUAUGGCUCAAGAGAUUUCACAACAAGAGAAUCACCACACACCCCUCCUAUUCAUAGUACAAGAUACAAUCAUUAUAUCUCAGAAGAGCCGAUUCGUAUAAGAGAUUCUCCCAUAAUAAUUGAUGACCAUUUGUCGCCAACAAUGAAGUCUCCAGAAUCUAUUAUGCAUUCUCAUAGGAAAAGAAGAAUGGACAGGGAAAUGUUACAUAGGAAACAUAAAAAAGAAAAGGCUAGAUUAAAGGAAAAGAGCAGGUAUUCUAGAAGCAGAAGUCCUAUUACUAGGAGGAGGUCGAGGUCGACAAGUUAUGGCAGAAGUCGGCAUUAUGGCACUCCUUCGCCUAAGAGGAAAAAUAAGAAACACAAGUCUAAGGGAAGCACAAGUCCGAGGAAAACCAGAAGUCCGAGAUAUAGACAUAGGAGCCCCUCUCCGCAUUCUGUAAAAUCAUCACAAUUAAAAAAUAAAAUAACCGAUGCUAGCCUUUUUGCCGAAAUGGUUAAAGAUAAACGAAAGAGGGAGAUGGAACUAAGAAGGUUGGCCGAACGAAUGGAACUAACCAAUGAAAGCUCAAACUCUCAAGGUGUUGAUUCCAACAACAAGAACGAGAAUAAGGAAAAUCUAGUUACACCAUUUUCGAUGGAUAUAGACGAUAUUCCAAUACCAGAUAGCGAACCUUCUAAGCUAAAUGAUAUUCAGCUACCCAAUAGUAAUAGUGACGAAAGUAUUGAGCAAAUAAGAAGUCCUACGACGCCCCCUCUACCGAUUCCUAAUAAUGUUACUCCAGCUCCGACGACUCCUAUUCCAACUAUAAUUAGCACUGGACCUGCAACAAUCACAACAUCAACUAUUUCUCCACCAGCGAAACCUACGGCAAAUCGUACUUCGACAGUAGUUUCUAUGGCAGAAAUUAAUAAAUCAAAGCCAAAGAGUGUCACAAGAUUACCUUUACCGCCUGGUAUAGAUCAGACACAGUUGGAAACUAUUGUGUCACCUCCUAGCAGAUCUCCUAGCCCACUGUCUGUUCCUACUUCUGCUAUUCGAGCAACUACUAAUUCUAGGGCUAAGACUCCACCAAGGAAGAAUAUCAAGGACUUGCCAAUGCCACCAGUUAUUCCCGGUACAGAGGAACUUAGCGGUGAUGAAGAUAUCCCUGUUUCUCCGCCUAAGAUUAAUAUUAAAUUAGACAACUCUAAGUCGUCUCCCAAGAAGAUCCCAGUGAAGAGGCCGACUAUUUUAAAAAGAAAAGGCUCGAGAAAUUUCCAGAUGUGUGGUAAAGACUGGGGAGAAAGAUGUGUUGACAUGUUCGAAGUUAUCGCCCAAAUUGGCGAAGGUACGUAUGGUCAAGUAUACAAAGCCAAAGAUGUACAAGCUGGUGAACUUGUGGCUCUGAAGAAAGUUAGGUUAGAAAACGAAAAAGAAGGAUUUCCGAUAACCGCUGUCAGAGAAAUUAAAAUUUUAAGGCAGCUUAAUCACAAGAAUAUUGUCAAUUUACGAGAGAUUGUUACUGAUAAGCAAGAUGCUGUAGAUUUUAGAAAGGAAAAAGGAUCCUUUUACCUAGUGUUUGAGUACAUGGAUCAUGACUUGAUGGGUUUGCUGGAAUCUGGAAUGGUAGAUUUUAACGAAUUGAAUAAUGCAUGCAUUAUGAAGCAACUAUUAGACGGUUUGAAUUACUGCCACAAGAAGAAUUUUCUACAUAGGGAUAUAAAGUGUAGUAAUAUUCUAAUGAAUAAUAAAGGAGAAGUAAAACUUGCCGAUUUCGGUCUAGCCAGAUUGUACAAUGCAGAAGAUAGACAACGACCUUAUACCAACAAGGUAAUUACAUUGUGGUAUCGACCACCAGAACUUCUACUGGGAGAGGAAAGAUAUGGUCCUGCCAUCGAUAUUUGGAGCUGUGGAUGUAUAUUGGGCGAACUUUUUAUGAAAAAGCCCCUAUUCCAAGCAAACGCUGAUAUGAUGCAACUGGACAGGAUAUCCCGAGUAUGUGGAACCCCUACUCCUGCGGUGUGGCCUUCUGUGAUCAAAUUACCUCUUUUUCACACCCUAAAACCGAAUAAAUUACAUAGGCGUAGAUUAAGAGAGGACUUUGUGUUUAUGCCCCCGUCAUCUUUAGAUCUCUUGGAUAAAAUGUUGGAACUUGAUCCCGAAAAAAGAAUAACCGCCGAAGAUGCACUGAAAUCGGCUUGGCUCAAGAAUAUUAAUCCUGAACAAAUCUCUGCUCCGGAAUUACCUACGUGGCAAGAUUGCCAUGAAAUGUGGAGUAAGAAGCGUAAGCGCCAGAUCCGGGAACAGGCCGAGGCAAUGCAAAAUUUGCCCCCAGGGAAACCUUCUCUAAUGGGAAGGCCAGAGAAGAUGAUUGUAGGCUGUAAACCAGAAGAUUCAGUGGACGGUGGAGGGUGAGUCUCUUUCAAACCAAUAAUCAGUGUAUAUUAAAUUUUUAGUACACACUGUAUUAAAUACUUUUAUUUAAAAUACGGAGAGGCACAUUUUGUGAAUUACCUGUGGCCGUUUGACUGAUUUUUUUAAUGUAUCAUCGCCUUUGGUAGCUAGGUUUCUAAUUACAUUACCUGUACCUGCAGACAUCAAGUUUUUGGAAAUAGAUGAUAUUUGACGUUUUCCUAAGUCAUUAUUAACAAUAGACAUUGCCAAAACAUUACUUAUAGAUAUUUAAAUGAUUUAAAAUUCAAUUUACACAAUUAGUUUUGUUCCUAAAAAAGAGAGUUAAAAUUCUUUAAAAGUAUUCUACAGAAAGAUUGCAUCAGUAAGUACUGUAACAACCUAUAUAUUAUUAAUUAUAAAAAUUAAUUUUUAGUACUCUAUUUCUGUAUAAAAUACUAACGACACGUUUUUUCUUGGAUACCUUAGGCUUCUUAAAGUUAUAAAAUAUAUUGGGAUUUGAAAGAGUGCUAAGAUGAUGUGCACACGUUUCUUUAAAUCUGUUUGUUAUAAAUUUGUUUGUGCAGAAACAUUUGUUCUAUUAACCAUUUUGGAUAAAGAUUUCAAUGAACGUACUGAAAAACUGUUUUAACGUGCUCAAAAUAUUAAACUUGAAAAUAUCAAAAUCUUGUACUAGUUACAGGUGCUUAAAAACCAGGUAAACAAAAAUUGGUAAACGUAUUUAAAGAAAAAAUACCGAUUGUGUGUUAAGAGUGAAUAGAAGGAUGGAAUUAAGUAUGAGAAUAUUUUCAGGAGCUCUUUUAAUUCGAAUUUAAUUUCUAAUUAAUCAAAAUUAAUCGCUCAAUGAGUAUUCUUAUUAAUCGAUCUGACAUAAAUUUUUCCCAUCCUCAUCACAAAACCUGUCUUACUUUUUUGCAUUAUACACUGUGUCCGUAAAGUAUGGAACAAAUUCU